AUGACGUCGCACUCAAAAUUCGGAGCUGAAACUACGGCAACCGAAGUUACUAAAGCAUUUUCUGAUCAGAUUAAAGGAUUGACCGUCCUCAUAACGGGAGCCAAUCCUAACGGUAUUGGCGGUAGUACAGUCAUGGCAAUUGCACAGCAUGCCCCGGCCUGUAUAGUAAUAUCGGGCAGAACGCAAGAGAAGCUCGACACAAUGGUCAAAGAUCUAAAUACCAGCUUUCCAGAAGUGCAGAUAGUACCCGCAAUCGUGGAUCUUUCUUCACAGCGUUCAGUCCGAGAAGCCGCGGCGGAGAUCAGCAAAGCUGUCGAAGCAAUCGACGUUGUCAUUAAUAAUGCCGGCGUUAUGGCCAUUCCCGAACGCGAAAUUAGCGAGGAUGGCUUUGAGAUGCAUCUGGCAACGAACCAUAUCGGCCAUUUCCUCCUCACGAACCUGCUCAUGGAUAAAAUUCGCCUGGCUGCUAUCAAACGCCCAGGCGUCACCCGUAUCGUCAAUGUAUCGUCAGUUGGUUUUGACCUUUCCGCGUUCCGUUUCCAGGACUAUAACUUCGACGGCCAUCCCGUUGGUGAGGACGAAGUGGGACUUCCAGGGCCACUCGUGGCGUAUAGCCUUCCAACGGAGCGGGUGGAUCAUUAUAUGUCAUUGAUUGCCUAUGGACAGUCUAAGACGGCGAAUGUGCUAUUCAUCACUUAUCUGGCGAAGCAUCUUGCAGGCUAUGGAAUCUCUUCUUUCGUGAUUCAUCCAGGAGCCAUCCAAACAGAGUUAGGGCGACAUCUGACCCCAACAACACUGGCAGAAAUAGCCAGUGCUAUACCAGGCUGGAAAACUCGAGAUCAGGGAGCUGCAACGUCGGUAGUUGCGGCGUUUGACCCUGCACUUAGAUAUCAUUCCGGUGCUUAUUUGAUAGAUUGUCAAAUUUCAUCGGCGCCUGCGUAUGCUACCGAUCCAGAGAAGGCGGAGAAACUGUGGAAGUUGACGGAAUCGUUUGUUGGGCAGGAAUUCAAGUUGUAA